GUGCUAAGUAGCAGUGUGGACGAUUGAGUGUUUGUCAUCUUCAUUAAACAUACGCAGAAAGGCAAGGAAGAAGAUGACGAAAGGAAAGAAAACUGAAAGUAAAGUGCCCAAGGACGGAAAAGUGCUGAAUUUUCACCAUCUCGUGUUUAGAGUGGCUAAUGCUAAAACGGCGUCAAGCUAUUUCGUGACGAGGUUUGGUUUCCAACCCUUCGCAGUUCGCGAGGCCAGCGACUCAGACCCUGUGACCACCAUCGUUGUCAGACUUAAUAAGAUAACAAUCGCCUUCGAGUCACCCACAACUGCCAACUCCCCUAUAACCCCCGACCUAUCCCUCCACGGUGACUUCGUGAAAGACGUGGCGUUCCUAGUCGAAGACUUGGACGCGCUGGUGCGGGGGGCUAAAGAGGGCGCGGAGGUGAUGGGGGUGAAGGAGGACGUGGAUGAAGAGGGGGUGGUGAGGUACGCGGUGUUGAGGACGUACGGUGAUAAUACGCACACACUAAUCGAUCUCAGUAAAUACAAUGGAUUCUGGCUACCGGGAUACAAACCUUUGGAAAGCGAUCCUUUAAACCAGUUACUUCCAGCCACGAAUUUGGAGUACAUUGACCACGUGGAAGGGAACGUGGCAGACGGGACCCUGGAGGAUUCCGUAGUUUGGUACGAGAAGAACCUGAACAUGCACAGAUUCUGGUGCGUCGACUACACCCAUGAUCUAGUCCCAUACUCUUGCAUCAACUCCGCAUCUGUCAUCAAUAAACAUGACAAUGUUCUCUUAUCAAUGAACGAAGCAGCCAAAGGUCUCAGACCGACGAGCAAAGCCAGCGAGUUCGUCAAGGCCCACGGGACGUCAGGCGUAGAGCAUGUCGCCUUGUAUACCGACGACAUCAUAGCCACUAUCCGAAACCUGAAAGCCCGUGGCGCAGAGAUCUUAGCCUUCCCGCCGACGUAUUAUGACGUCAUUAGAGAGAAGCUGGCCGGCAGUUCCCUAAAGGUUUCCGAGACGAUUGACGAACUGCAAGAAAACUGUGUGCUGAUAGACUUCGACGAAAAGGGCUACAUGCUGCAGGCGUUUACCAAGCACUUGCAGGCGCGUCCCACGCUGUUCCUCGAGAUUCUACAGAGGAGGAACCACAGGGGUUUCGGAGCUAUGAAUUAUAAAUGGGUGUUUGAAGCCAUCGAACGUAUGGACGCUCAGAAGCCAGUAGCGUCUGGGGACCAGAACACGGAAGAAUAACUCACACAGAACAACGAAAUAAUAUAUAAUAUAAUCUGUAAUAUUGUAAUCAAUUUUACUUAUGUUUUAUCUGAAUGUAACCUACUGUAUUACAAAGUU